GAAAGCAAUCGCAACACGACACAUCAAACCUUUUCUCCGGGUCUAAACCAAGGCCCACUACACAAACCCCAAUUCACGCUCUUUCAGCCAAAAUGGGGAAGUACGACGAAGCCAAUGAGAUCGAAUUCACCUGCGUUAUCAAAGGCGGCAAGUGCAAAUUCCCUAUCUGGUCAUUCAAGUUCCAUGAUAAUAACAAUAAGGACCCAACAGCCGAUUCCAGCGACAGAGACGUUAAGGUGAAGCAAGAGGAUGACAUGACACUCCGACAGUUGCAGGCCUAUAUACAGACCACUCAAAGCCUCAAGGGAGAACUGACUCUUUACCACAACCACAAAAAGCUCACCAACCUGUACGCUCCGAUUGGAGAGGUUCUAAAACCCGGAGACACUCUGGUCAUUCUUAACAACACCAAGGCAAUCGUCGCCACUGGCGGCUUUGGUAUGGGAGGCGAGGCGGAAUCCAACAGCAGCAAGCAGGCCGUCGCCCAUGGAGGCCACGCCACCGGCGGCAUGUUCUACCCGUCGGGGAGAUCCAAGGGAGGCAGUGGAACUGGAGGAGAUGCCUGGGGGGACUAUGGGGCGGGCGGGGAUGGCUUUGGGGGAGGUGCGAACAACGUGCAUGGAAAAGCGACGGCGGGUCUAGCGGUAUCGGGGAAUUUUCAUAAACAGGAGGAGAGCCGAUCGAUGAAGGAGAGGCUCUUUAGGCGUUAG